AUGUGCCGAGCUCUGAAGCUGGAGAACCAAGAGACCUGCAACAACAACCACAGCUACUCUGACAACAACGACAGCUGCUCCUACAACAACUACAGCAGCUACAACAACAACCAUAGCUACUCUGACAAAAACGACAGCUGCUCCUACAACAACUACAGCAGCUACAACAACAACCAUAGCUACUCUGACAAAAACAACAGCUGCUCCUACAACAACUACAGCAGCUGCAAUGACAACCACAGCUGCCCCAAAAACAACCACGGCUCUGCACCAACCACAACAACAUCUGCAACAACAGGUUCAACAACAACAACCAUAACUGCCCCAACAACUACUGCAGCUGCCCCAACAACAACCACAGCGGCUCCAACAACAAACACAGCUGCUYCACCAACAACCACAGCUACUCCAACAGCCACUAUAGCUGCCCCAACAACAACCACAGCUACUCUGAGAACGACAGCAGCUCCUACAACAACCAAUGCUGCUCCAACAACAACUGCUUCUACAACAACCACAGCUGCGGAAACAAGAACACCAACUACCAUGGCUGAAACUACAACAAGCUUAGCUGCUUCAGCCACAACAGCUGCCCCAACAGCAUCCACAUCUUCCCCAGAAGCAAACACAGGUGCUCCUACAACAACCACAGUUGUUGCUACAACAACCACAGCUGCUUCAAUGACAACAUCUUCUACAUCAACAACCACAGGAGCCCCAACAACAACUACAGUUCCUUCAAGAACAACAACAACUGCUCCUACAACAACCACAGUAGCUGCAACGAUAACCAAAGCCACUCCAACAACAACCACAGCUGUUCUUACAACAACUACAGCUGCUUCUACAACAACCAAAGCAGGAACAACAACAAAUACAGCUGAUCCAACAACAACCUCAGCUGCUACAAUAACAACCACAGUUGCACCAACAACAACUAYAGCUGCCCCUACCACAACCACAGCUGCACCAACUACAAUGGCAGCUACUAUGACAACAACAGCUGCUCCAACAACCACAGCUGCAACAACCACAACUACAUCUUCUCCAACAACAACCACAGCUGUUCCAACAAACCAAGCUUCCCCAACAACUAUUACAGCGGCCCCAACAAAAACCACAGCUGCUCCAACCUCAACAGCGCCUCCAACAACAACCACCCCUGCCCAAACAACAUCUACAUCUGCCUCAAUCACAACCACUGCUGCUGAAACAACAACUGUCACAAGACAAACCACAGCUGCCAGAACAACAAUUUCUACCACAACAACCACAGCUGUUCCAACAACAACCACUGCUGCCCCGACAACAAUUACAGCUGCCCUGACCACAACCACAGCUGCACCCACUACCACGGCUGGAACUACAACAACUACAGCUGUACCAGCAUCCAUGGUUGUGAGCAAAACAACUACAGCUUCCCCAACAAAAACCACAGCUUCCCCUACUGCAACUACACCUGCACCAACUACCACAGCUAGAAAUACAACAACCACCACUGAACCAGCAUCCAUGGCUGUGAUGACAACAACUACAGCUGCCCCAACAACAACCAMAGCUUCCUCUAUCACAACCACACCUGCAUCCACUACCACAGUUGGAACUACAACAACCACAGCUUCAGCAGCAUCCACAGUUGUGACCACAACAACUGCAGCUGCCACAACAAUAACCAAAGCUGCUCCUACAGCAACCACAACAGCUGCAACAACAAACAUAGCUGCUCCUACGACAACCAMAGCUGCUGAAACGACAACCACAGCUGCUUUUACAACAACCACGGCAGCUACAACAACAAAUACAGCUGCUCCAACAACCUCAGCUGCUACAAUAACAACCACAGUUGCACCAACAACAACUACAGCUGACCCUACCACAACCAUACCUGCACCAACUACCACAGCUGCCACAACCACAACUACAGCUGGUCAUACAACAACUACAGCUGCUUCUACAACAACAAAAGCAGACCAUAACCACAGCUGCACCAAAACCCAUGACUGCAACUACAACAAUCACAGCUGCUCCAACAACACAAUUUGCCCCCUCAACAACAACCCGUACUGCUUCAACAACAAACAAAUCUGCACAAACAACCACAGCUACAACUACAACAACCACGGCUACUUCAACAACAUUUGCCCCAACAACAAUAACCACAGCUACAUCGACAACAAUCACAGCUUCUCCAACCACAACCACAGCUGCUGCAACAACCACAGCUGCCCCAACAACUUUGGUUGGCACAACAACAACCAAAGCUGCCCCUACCACAACCAUAGCUGUACCCACUACAACAACCUUAGCUUCUACAACAACCACGGCUGCUGCAACAACAUUUGCCCCAACGACAACAACCACAGYUGCUGCAACAACAAUGACAGCUACAAAAAGGACAACCACAGCUGCUCCAACAACAACUGCUGCCCCAAGUAUAACUGCAGCUGCCACAACAACAACCACAGCUCUCUCUACCACAACCACAGCUUCACCAACUACCACGGCCAGAACUACAACAACAACUGCUACUCCAACAACAACAUCCGCCCCAACAACAACAAUCACAGCUGCUUCGACCACAAACAAAGCUACACCAACUACCACGGCUACCACUUCAACAACCAACGCUGCUCCAACAACAACAUCUGCCCCUGCAACAGCAACCACAGCUGCCUUAACAACUACCACAGCUAUCCCAACAACAACCACAGCAACCCCAACAACAACUGCAGCUACCCCUACCACAACCACAGCUGCACUCACUACCACGGCUGGAACUACAACAACCACGGCUGCUCCAACAACAACAUUUCAGCUCCAACAACUACUACAACUAGCUGCUACCACAACAAGAACCACAGCUGCCCCAACAAAAACCACAUCUGUUCCUACAACAACCACUGCUGCCACAACAACAAYCACAUCUGUUCCUACAACAACCUCCACUGCCACAUCAACAACCUCAUGUGCCCCAGCAACAGCCAGUGCUACCCCAAUAACAACCACAUCAGCUACAACACUUCAUACCCCUACAACAAAUUCUCCAACAACAACCACUGUUGUGUCAACAACAAACACAUUUGCUCCAACUACACCCACAACUGCUUUACUUGUAACAACAGCUUCAUCAAGUACAACACCUGUAUCUACAAGAAGCACUGCUACAACUACAGCUUCUGGUAUUACAACCACAACUGCCCCAACAACAACCACUUCUGCUUCAAUAACUGCAGCAACUGCUUCAAUAUCAAGCACUGCUGCUUCAGAAACUACAACAGCUGCCCCGACUGUGAGCACUGCUGCUCAAUCAAUCAGCACAGUUCYUCUUACAACAACAGCAGCUUCAAAAUCUACCACAAUCUCUUCAACAACCACAACUGGCUCAGCUACAACUGUAGCAACUUUACCAAAUUCUGCCCUUCCAACAACUUCAAUGACAACUUCCACAAUCUCAGUUGA